AUGGCUGAAGGUCGCCUCAAGGUGAUUAUUGCUGGCGCGGGCAUUGCGGGCUUGGCUACAGCGAUCGCGUUACGCCAGCUGCCUUAUGUCGACGUCGAACUAUACGAGCGGUACUCCGAGUUGAAAGAAAUCGGUGCGAGCAUUGCACUCAGUCCUAAUGGAAUGCGAACAUUGGAGCGGCUCGGCGUCCUUAACGCGCUUGUGGACGAUGUGGCCUACCGAGGACCAUCUGGCAUACCUAUGAUAUACAGACACUGGAAGACCAAUGAGGUAGUUACUGAAGACCACUUCUUGGAUGUCCCAAAUCGAUUGCACCAAACGGCCAGGUUCCACCGAGCACAUCUGCAUGAGGCUCUUCUGGAACAUGUCCCUCGAGAGUUGAUUCACCUGAAUAAGAAAGUCCGAAAUGCUGAAGUCGUUAGCGAUGGCGUGAUUCUCUCGUUCGAAGAUGGCACGAACGUGAAGGGAGAUCUGCUCAUUGGCGCCGAUGGCAUCAAUUCCAAAGUCCGCAAGGCCUUCAAUCAGAAAUUUGAGCUGAGUUAUACCAACCGCACAGCUUUGCGGGCGUGCUUCGAUGCAUCUCUGGUCAAGGAUAUUCCGGGUCUGUCGGAAGACUCGACUCACUGGUGGGGACCCAACAAGCAGUUCUUCGCUUCGAGGUUGGGCAGAAAUCAGUUCACCGCUGUUGGACAAUAUGAUCCCAAGGAUGUUCCGAUCAGCUCGAAGAACCCAGCAGACAAUGCCAUCAACACCUGGAACGAUGAGGGCUCUAUCGAGCUCUUCCGCGAGCUUUUUGGCGACUGGAACCCAAUCGUCAAGGCUAUCACUCAGGCGACACCAGCCGUUCGACGCUACCCCAAUUACGCAGGCCAGCAUCUACCGACUUGGGUUUUUGGGUCUCGAGUGACGCUGGUCGGCGAUGCUGCCCAUGCGCAUGGCGGCGCACACGCGACAGGAGGCUCCUUGGCUCUCGAUGACUCGUACGCGCUGUACCUCGCGCUAGCGCACACACUGCCUGAUUUACAGCACAUCAAGCCGUCCGGUGUGCAGCUUAAAAGGGCGUUGGACCUGUAUGAAGCAACACGGCGACCGCAUACUGAUAGGCUGCUAAGGGGCGUAUUAGCAAGCAAAGAUGCACCGCCCGCGCGUAAUGACGAGGAAGUACGUGCGAGGAUGCUGGGAAGGGCCAGCACACUGUGGCUCACAGAGCACGACGUUGUCAAGAGAUUCGAGGAGACGCGCGUUUCCCCACACUUUUCGUCGACGGAAGCAAUCUUGUCAACCGGCGCUCUACAGCUCAUUACUCUGAAGACAGCACACCUUUACCAACUACUUUGCCUGCCAGAGCCUCUCGCGGAUCAGCGCAGCAUCUCUAGGAACAGUUUGGCAGCUCUACAUCCGCAUCAUUUGCACUGCUCCCGGUUCCCCGGCACACGUCGACCCCACAAGCUUCCACGCAUCCUACAGCACACCAACCACCACCCCGCCAGGGCCAGUCAUCCCUUCAUCUACCACACACCACAACAGAUGUCCUCAAUACCCACCCCGACCCCUAAGCCCCUCUCUUCGGGCCGCAAGCUCUUCCUCGUCUCGCUGGUCGUCGCGCCCGUGAUCAGCUACAUCGCACUCAAGCGCCAGAGAUUACAGCGAUUGGAGGAGAAGAGGAUGAUCGAGGAGGAAGGGCGGCGGAACUGGAUUUUGGCGGCGCAACAGCAGGGUCAGAAUGGUGGGAUAUCAGCGAAGGACAAGAGUGUUGCGGUUGGGAGGAGUGGCGGGGGCGUGUGA